AUGAGGGCGUUGAAUCUGGCAUAUUCCAGCAUCUACAGCAACUACAGGAAUUUUGUUGGUCCCCCUCACUUUAAAGUCAUCUGUAGACUUCUUGGGUAUCAGGGCAUUGCUGUCGUGAUGGAAGAGUUGCUGAAAGUUGUCAAGAGCCUGUUGCAAGGGACGAUUCUUCAGUAUGUCAAGACCCUAAUGGAAGUGAUGCCCAAGAUCUGCAGGUUACCAAGACACGAGUAUGGUUCUCCAGGUAUCUUGGAGUUUUUUCACCACCAGCUGAAGGACAUCGUCGAGUAUGCAGAACUGAAGACCGUCUGCUUCCAGAAUUUGCGGGAAGUGGGAAAUGCUGUCCUGUUUUGCCUCCUCAUCGAACAGAGUCUGUCCCUAGAGGAGGUGUGUGACCUGUUGCAUGCGGCGCCGUUCCAGAAUAUCCUGCCCCGAGUUCACGUCAAAGAGGGUGAAAGACUCGACGCUAAAAUGAAGAGACUAGAAUCAAAAUAUGCUCCCUUACAUUUGGUUCCUCUCAUUGAAAGACUAGGAACACCCCAGCAAAUAGCAAUCGCAAGGGAAGGCGACUUGCUGACCAAGGAACGCCUCUGCUGCGGCCUGUCCAUGUUUGAGGUUAUCCUGACGAGGAUCCGCUCCUUCCUGGAUGAUCCCAUCUGGCGUGGGCCCCUGCCCAGCAACGGGGUGAUGCACGUGGACGAGUGUGUGGAAUUCCACCGCCUCUGGAGCGCGAUGCAGUUUGUCUACUGCAUCCCUGUGGGAACGCACGAGUUCACUGUGGAACAGUGCUUCGGCGACGGCUUGCACUGGGCUGGCUGCAUGAUCAUCGUCCUUUUGGGCCAGCAGCGUCGCUUUGACGUGUUGGAUUUCUGCUACCACCUGCUGAAAGUCCAAAAGCACGACGGCAAAGACGAGGUUAUAAAGAACGUGCCUUUGAAGAAAAUGGUCGAGCGAAUUCGCAAGUUCCAGAUUCUGAAUGAUGAAAUAAUUGCUAUUUUGGACAAGUAUUUGAAGUCUGGCGAUGGAGAGAGCACACCCGUGGAACACGUGCGCUGCUUCCAGCCACCUAUUCAUCAGUCCCUUGCCAGCAACUAGACCGCCCACCCGAGGAUACUUUUUGCACCUGUUUAGGGGAAACGUAUGAAAACGGAAAACGAAAAAAACCCCACCCAAACCACACCAACACUUUUAAGGAACACGCUGAUCUGCAUUUUUCAGUAUGUCUGUGCCGCUCCAGGGGUGCACUGUCCUCUUCAGUCUCCAAGCACAGUAACUGUAUACAAUCUAAACUUAUUUUUCUAGACUAAAAUUUUAUAUACUUUGAUUAAAAACCUGUGACUGUAAAAGAUUUUUUUUUUUUAAAUCUCUUUGCAUUCCUAUACUGAGGUGGCCGUUUUGGACUGGACUGGUAUAAUUUUGCCCCAGGCUAUCAACAUAAUAGCUCUGGGGGGUAAAAAA